GCGGAAAUCUUACCACCGAUCGUAAUGGUUAGUUUAUCGGUCAACUAUUGAUACGAUAAAAUAUCAACUCGAAUCGAGCAAUAUUUGACGAUUCAUCGAGUAGAUACAUCGGAGCUUAAUCGACGAUACUAUGGAACGCAACAAGGAAAAAUCAGUUUUAAAACGAAACAAGUAUCUGUCGCUAUGCCGAGAAAGGGAAAAUUUUCGUGUCGAACUUAUCGAAAUGAUGAAAAGGGAGAAACCGUUGUGCAGUACGGCCGAAAUCGAGCCAAGCGUUAAAGAAAAAGUAGAAGAAGAAGAAACCAAAGAUUUGAUCACAAACAAAGACAAAGAUAUCUUGCGAUAUUAUUAUUAUUUAACGCACGGUAUCGAUGACGUUUACGUAGGAUCAAUGGAUCCCGAUCUUUUGGGGAAGAUCUUACGGAUGGUGCCAGCCAAGUGGCAAAACAAAUUUAAGGAAUCUGUAGCUGGUUUGGUAAUCGAAGUGAAACAAGAAUAUGCCCUGAACGUGAAGAAAUCAGUGGUUGAGUUUGUUAUCGGUGAUUCGUCGCAAUUUUCGUUCGAUCAGGUGAGCGUGUUCGAGAGAAAUAAAAAAGUUAAAGUGAUUCGACUUCCGGUAGAACAUACGAUCAAUUAUCAACGUACUAGAGCGAAAUUGGAGAAAACAAUGAUCCUUUAUUGUCCAGCGGUGCGACGAAUUAUAGAUUAUUGGUAUCGCGAAUUCAGCGAGAGAAAAUUGAUAAGUGGACAAGAAUUGAUGGGACACGGUACAUCGUACGAUCUUGCUAGUUUCGAGAAAGCCAUCUCGAAGAUGUGUCUUCGAACGAGGGAGGAUCUUGCCAAAUACUGGCUACCAAAACUCCGAACCAUUUUAUUUACGGCCCACGAGAGAAACGAGUUACCUUCGAGGUGCGACGCUCCGAGAUUGAAAAGAUUUUUAAAUUGUCUAGCUUUUAUUAUGGAAGAUCAGUUACGAAGACUUUGUUUGGAAUCGAUGGAAGAGUACAUCGAUUAUCUUUUCGAUAGAAACCAUGCGCGUUCUGGCUUCGAUAUAAAGUUAAUGGUAAGAAACACGAUCGUAUUAUUCGAACCGACGUUUAAGAGGUUCGUGGAAGUGCUGUCGAGGCUAUUGAAUUCACCACGGGAAGCAGUUGUCGGGUUGCCGUUGCUCGAAACGUUACUGCAAUGGACCGUUUCUACGAUAGAUUUCGCUCGGACAUCCCUCGAGCCGCGUAUAUCGAUCGAGUAUUUUGAGCGACAAGCAAAGAAAAUCGAACGACUAAUAAACAGCGAGAAAGCUGAACUCGAGCUGCAAGUUGAAGAAUUUGAAAAAUACACGAGUUUAAUGGACGGUACCGAAACAAAGAAAAUCGAAGAGUUGUUGAAAGCUGAAACCGAUAGCAAUUUCGAAAGCUUCCGAGUUUUAAUCGAACACUACGAUCAGCUUUCGCGGCGUAUAACGCUCGAAUUUCAUCGAACUUAUUUCGGUAAAUUUUUCGUCGUCCACAGAGGAGACUUUAUAGAUCAUAUCGCCUCGAUAGCUCGCCGACUCAAAGAGGAAUUGCUUGCUAGAAUGAUUACCGUUUACCAACAAAAGUCUCGAGCUAUAGGAGAUGACUAUCAAUAUAUCGUGGACCGUGCUUUAAGCAUUCCGGCAAAUACGAUGGAAUUGAUGCAACUUAAAGAAUUUAUACGCGUCACGGAAACGGAGACUGGCUUUAGAUUGGAAAAUCGUUUAAAAGAAAUGAUUAAAUACCUAGUCUUUCUAUCGGAUUAUUCAGCCUUGAGUCCUGUCGAAUUGAAGACCAAUAACUUUGCUUUUCAAUGGUACCACAAGCUUCCGGAAGUGUUGGAGCAACACAGAGAUAUAAUUGCGAGUAAAAGUGGGGAAUAUCAAAAGAGCUUAAGAAAGAGGAUCGAACAAUUUGUACGAGAGCUGGAAACGUAUAGAAAAUAUUGCGACGAAUUGCAAUAUUGGGGUAAUCUCGAAGAGAUAUAUCGAUACAAGAAGAAGGCUGAUCGUUUGGAGGAGAAAUUGAUCGUUGCGAUGGACACGAUCGAUAGAUUCAACGAGGAAGAAGAGUUGUUUGGUUGGCAAGUGUCCGAGUAUCCGUUACGAAAAGCGACAGCGGAUAAACUAUCGCCGUACAAACGAUUAUACGAUGGUGGCUGCGAUUUCUUAAUCAAUUACGAUACGUGGAUGAAUUCCAUGGUGGGUUCUCACGAUCCCGAAGAAAUCGAUACCGUGACAGGAACCGCUUAUCGCACAAUCUACAGACUGGAAAGAUCCAUACAAGAACCGAUCGCGAAAAAGCUAGCUGAAACGAUUCUAGCGAAAAUAGAAGAGUUUAGAGAACACAUGCCUGUAAUAUCCACUCUUGGCAAUCCAUCCAUGAAGAAUCGUCACUGGGAACAAGUAUCCGAGAUAGUUGGCUUUCCGAUAAAGAUCGACGAGUCGAUGACGCUCGCUAAGAUCCUCGACUACGGUUUGCUCGACUACGUUUCGAAAUUUGAAGGGAUAUCGGACGCAGCGUCAAAGGAGGGCAGUUUGGAGAAAGCUCUUGUUCGAAUGCAUCUCGAUUGGGCGGAUAUCGCGUUCACCGUAAAUCCUUAUCGAGAUACCGGUACAUACGUGAUUGCCAGUAUCGAUGACAUACAGUUGCUUUUGGACGAUCAUUUGACGAAAGCUCAGACUAUGAAAAAUUCUCUUUACAUUCGACCAUUCGAAAAGGAGACUCUAGAAUGGGAGUCAAAGUUACUCCUGCUGCUAGAUAUCAUGGACUAUUGGCUACAAGUCCAAGCAACGUGGAUGUAUCUCGAGCCGAUAUUUUCCUCGGCUGAUAUUCAGCAACAAAUGCCGGAAGAAGGUCGACGAUUCAGCGCUGUCGACAAAAUCUGGAGAGAAAUUAUGCAGAUCGUAUCGGCGGAUCCCCGUGUUAUGUCCGUCGUUGAAAUCGACAAGAUGCUCGAUCGCUUAAAGAAAUGUACAAAUUUGCUCGAUCUGAUACAAAAAGGACUUGCCGCAUACUUGGAAAAGAAGAGGCUGUUCUUUCCGCGAUUCUUUUUCUUGUCGAAUGACGAACUUUUGGAAAUAUUGUCGGAAACGAAAGACCCUACCAGGGUUCAGCCGCAUUUAAAAAAAUGCUUCGAAGGUAUCGCGCGACUAAGCUUUACGGACGAUAUGGAGAUAACGUCGAUGAAAUCGUCCGAGGACGAGGAAAUUAGACUGGAAGAUGUCGUUGAUACGGCGGCGGCUCGAGGACAGGUCGAAAAGUGGUUGCUCGAUCUUGAAUCUUCGAUGAAAAAGAGCGUCAGAUCUCAGGUAAUUCAAGCAAAGGAUGCGUAUUCGAAGCAAACCAGAUCGAAAUGGGCCCUGAUCUGGCCUGGUCAAACGAUUCUAUGCGUCAGCAAACUUUAUUGGACGGCUGACGUAACGGAUAUAUUGCCGAAAUCUACCACUAAUUUGGACAAUUAUAUUCGCAUCUGUACAAACGAAUUGCACGAAAUCGUGAAAUUAGUGCGUGGAACGUUAUCGACGCAAAAUCGUACAACUUUAGAGGCACUAGUUACGAUGGAUGUUCAUAGCCGUGACGUUGUAACGGAGUUGUUUAAGCAAAGAAUUAACGAUGUAACGGAUUUUGCCUGGUUGGCUCAACUAAGAUACUAUUGGAUGGACCAACAUUUGUGGACAACGAUGAUAAAUACUUGGUUCAAGUACGCGUACGAGUAUCUAGGCAAUACUUCGAGAUUGGUGAUAACACCGUUGACCGACAGAUGCUAUCGGACCUUGUUCAGCGCUUUAAGCCUACAUCUUGGCGGUGCACCCGAGGGUCCCGCCGGCACCGGGAAAACCGAGACGACCAAGGAUUUGGCAAAAGCAGUAGCUAAACAGUGUAUCGUUUUCAAUUGUUCCGAUGGUCUCGAUUACAUUGCUUUGGGAAAGUUUUUUAUGGGACUGGCAAGUACGGGUGCAUGGUCUUGCUUCGAUGAAUUCAAUCGUAUCGAUUUGGAAGUAUUGUCGGUGGUAGCGCAACAAAUUUUAACUAUUCAACGAGCCAUUAAUGCUGCAAAGGAAAUGCUCGUUUUCGAAGGCAUCCAGAUCAAAUUAGACCCUACUUGUGCCGUGUUCAUCACGAUGAAUCCUGGAUACGCGGGAAGAACCGAACUUCCGGAUAAUCUGAAAGCCCUGUUUCGACCUGUCGCUAUGAUGGUUCCAGACUAUGCUCUAAUUGCCGAGAACACGUUAUAUUCUUACGGAUUCUACGAAGCCCGGCCGCUUUCGGUGAAAAUCGUGACAACCUACAGACUAUGUUCCGAACAACUUUCCAGUCAAAAUCAUUACGAUUACGGAAUGAGGGCGGUGAAAUCAGUUUUGGUGGCCGCUGGAAAUCUAAAGAUUAAAUAUCCGGAACAAAACGAGGAUAUUUUAGUGUUGCGCAGUAUCAAAGACGUUAAUUUACCAAAAUUUCUCAGCGAAGAUUUACCGUUGUUCAAUGGUAUCAUGUCGGAUCUGUUUCCUGGAGUCGAACUUCCGAAACCAGACUAUACCGAUUUGAAUGCGUGCUCUCACGAUGUCUGUUUAGCCUCGAAACUCCAAUGUACACCUGUCUUUUUGGAGAAAAUACAACAGAUGUACGAAAUGAUGAUUGUUAGACACGGAUUUAUGGUCGUCGGGCUACCGUUUGCUGGAAAGAGCGCUGCUCUUAACGUUCUAGCAGAGACUCUGAAGCUUUGCGAACAGCGGAAAUUGAUAAACGAACGUAAAGUAGAAAGAUUCGUCAUCAGUCCCAAAGCUGUCUCGUUGGGUCAAUUAUACGGAGAAUUUGAUCCGGUUUCUCACGAAUGGUCCGAUGGAGUAUUGGCCAUCAGUUACCGCGCUUUCGCGACUUCAACCACCCAACAUCGCAAAUGGUUGAUCUUUGAUGGUCCCGUCGAUGCGAUAUGGAUCGAGAGUAUGAACACGGUAUUGGACGAUAAUAAGAAGCUUUGCCUGAUGAGCGGAGAAAUAAUUCAACUGGCACCGUUUACGAAUUUGAUAUUUGAAACGAUGGAUUUGGAAGCAGCAUCGCCAGCCACCGUUUCCCGCUGCGGAAUGAUUUACAUGGAACCAGGAGCACUCGGCUGGAAUCCUUUGCUCGAGUCUUGGAUAGGCAAAACUCCAACUGGGAUCGACGAAUGGCUGAAAAACUUUUUAUAUCGAUCGCUCUUUCGAAGAUUUUGCGAUCCACUCCUACAUUGGUUGCGACUCGGUGACGUCAAGGAAAUAUGCCCAAUGUCCGACUCGAAUCAUAUACGUUCGUUAACUUAUCUAAUGGAUUGUUUCCUCGACGAGUAUCGCGACGAAAAAAUGCUCAAGGAUAUGGACGAGUUAGACCUUCGAGCGCAAAUCGAGGGUUCGUUUUUCUUCUCGUGUAUUUGGGCUGUUGGUGGUACUUUGGAAGCAAGUUAUAGGGAACGGUUCAGCGUUCUCUUCCGUGGUUUUCUCGAAAAAGAUUUUCCUUCCGAUUUGAUGGAAGAGUUUGGAUUGCCGACAUCGAUAGAGCCACCUCUAAGGCCCUACAUAUUUUUGAUGCCACGGAACGGCCUCGUCUUCGACUACAGAUUCAUCAAAGAAGGGAAAGGAAAGUGGAGAUUGUGGUCGGAUGAAUUGCUCGACGGUCCAUCGAUUCCUCGAGAUAUUCCUGUCAAUGAAAUAAUAGUACCUACGGUCGAAACGAUACGAUACACGUCUCUGUUUCGAUUGUUGGUAAGCAACGAGAAGCCGGUGCUGUUCGUAGGCCCAACAGGGACGGGAAAGUCUGUCUACAUAAUCGACUUUCUAUUGAGAAAGAAUAAUCCUACGGUGAAUAAACCGUUAAUCAUAAAUUUCUCGGCGCAAACUACGGCGAACCAAACGCAGGACACGAUUAUGGGGAAACUUGACAGGAGACGGAAAGGCGUUUACGGAGCACCGAUAAGUAAGCGUUGGAUCGUUUUCGUCGACGAUCUUUCGAUGCCUAUGAAGGAACUUUAUGGCGCCCAACCACCUAUCGAACUUUUACGGCAAUGGUUAGAUUACGGACAAUGGUACGACAGAAAAGAUAAAUCGAUGAUAAAACUGAUCGACGUUCAUUUGAUGUGCGCCAUGGCUCCACCGGUCCGUGGUGGAAAGGACGUUACACCUCGAUUCAAGAGACAUUUCGUCGUUUUAACGAUAUCGGAGUUUGAGGAUGACGUAAUGACGAUGAUAUUUAGCAAGCUUGUUCUUUGGCAUCUCGAUACAAGGUUCUUACGCUGCUUUCUAUGCUACCACACACACACACACAGCAAUCUAAACACUUUUGUUACGUUUUUGCGUUUCCGCUUCAGAGGAUUCAGCAAAGAAUUCGAUCCAUGCAUCGACGAAAUCGUCUUGGCUACGUUGGACGUAUACAAGCAGAGCCUUGGUAAUCUUUUGCCAACGCCAACCAAGUGUCACUACGUUUUUAAUCUUCGAGACUUCUCCAGAGUGAUACAGGGUGUUUUGUUAUCCGUGCCUGAAACGAUGUCGACUCUAACGAGUAUGAGAAGACUUUGGGUUCACGAGGUGCUUCGAGUGUUUGGAGAUCGAUUGAUAAAUCGACAAGAUUUAUCUUGGUUGGUAGGGCAAAUACGCGUUACUUUGAGUAACCGUAUGGAUGUGGUCGUGGAAGAGCUGUUUCAAGAUCUUCUUUCCUCGAGUGGUCCGACAAGUUCGAACGACCAACCGCAACUCAUCACCGAAGCACAUCUUCGAAAUUUGGUGUACUGCGAUUUCGCAGACGCAAAGGUGGAGACGCGGCUUUAUCAAGAAGUUUCGGAUCUCGAUCAAUUACGAGAAGUAGUGGAAACUUAUCUGGACGAGUAUAAUACAAUGACUAAAAAACCCAUGAAUUUGGUGUUAUUUCGGUUCGCCAUCGAACAUUUGUCUCGUAUAUCUCGUAUUAUCAAGCAACCGCGAAGUCACGCGCUUCUCGUCGGAGUUGGCGGUUCGGGAAGACAGUCGCUGACUAGGUUAGCCUCCCAUAUAAGCGACUACGAUGUUUUUCAAAUCGAAGUCACGCAACAAUACGGAGUUUCUGCCUGGCACGAGGACGUGAAAAGAAUGUUAAAACGCGUCACUAGUACGGAUCUUCACUCGAGCUUUAUCUUUUCCGAUACUCAGAUCAAGGAGGAGAGCUUUCUCGAAGACAUCAGCAAUAUGCUAAACUCCGGAGAGAUACCGAACAUAUUUACCGCCGAAGAGAUGACCGAGAUCUGCGAGCAGAUGAGACAAAUAGAUAGGCAACGGGAUCGAUCGGUACAAACGGACGGUAGCGCAGUGGCCUUGUUUAAUUUUUUCGUUCAGAUAACACGCGAUCAAUUGCACAUUGUGGUAGUUAUGUCUCCGAUAGGCAACAAUUUUCGCAAUCGUAUUAGAAAAUUUCCAGCACUAGUCAACUGCUGCACCAUCGAUUGGCUUCAGCCGUGGCCGCAGGACGCACUAUUAGCGGUCGCAACUAGAUUUUUAGCAACGAUCGACUUGACGGAUCACGAAAGAAUCGCUGGUAUCGACAUGUGUCAAUUCUUUCACGUAUCCACGGAGAAUCUUAGCUCGGAGUUUUUGAUUCGACUAAACAGAUACGUUUACGUCACCCCUACUUCCUAUCUCGAGAUGAUAAACACCUUUAAAGAUUUGCUAGAGAAAAAACGCGAAGAGAUAACGAACGCGAAAACUCGAUACAACCGCGGUUUGGGUCAGCUGGACGACACUAAAAAACAAGUGGCAACGAUGCAAGAGACGUUAAAGUUGUUGCAACCGGAAUUAAUAACCGCGACUCGAGACGUUCAGAAAAUGCUGCUCGACGUAGACAAGGAACAGCAAGAGGUGGCAGAAUUCGAACGAGUCGUAAAAAUCGAUGAGAACGCAGCCGAGACAUACGCGAGCGAAGCCGCUGCGAUCAAAGCCGAAUGUGACGCUGACUUGGCCGAGGCCAUGCCAAUCUUGAAACGCGCUCAAGCUGCGCUGGAUACGUUAACAACUGCUGAUAUCGCGAUCAUUCGAACGAUGAAACAACCACCGUACGGAGUUAAAUUAAUCGUCGAGAGCGUUUGCGUUCUUAAGCAAAUCAAAGCAGAAAAAGUUCCGCAACCGGACGGCACCCAUCAGGAGGAUUACUGGAGAGCCGCGCUACGAAUGCUGAGCGACAUCAGGUUCCUCGAUUCCUUGGUCAAUUUCGACAAAGACAAUAUACCCGACAACGUAAUCGAGAAAAUUCGUAAACAAUAUCUAACCAAUCCAGACUUUGAUCCCGAGAAGAUAAAGAAAGUAUCGACGGCUUGCGAGGGUCUUUGCCGAUGGGUGUACGCAAUGUCGGAAUACGAUAAAGUAUCGAAAGUCGUUGCCCCGAAAAGAAGAGCUCUCGCCGAAGCCCAAAAGGUUUACGACACCGCCAUGGAGAAUCUUGAGGCGAAACGAGAACAACUUGGACAAGUACAGGAGAAACUUCAAUCGUUACGAGAGAUUUUGGAACAAAGAAGAAUAGCUUUUCAAAAUAUGUCCGACAAAGUGGCGAAUUGCGAGACUAAAUUGAAACGCGCCGAAGAGUUGAUCGGAGGAUUGGGCGGAGAAUACACGCGUUGGUCCGAGACGGCGACAACUCUCGGAGAGAGAUAUUACCGGUUAACGGGCGACGUUGUGAUCGCCUCUGGCGUAGUAGCGUACUUGGGUCCGUUCACGAUGCCGUUUCGCAUUCGACAAAUCGCUAUCUGGAUACAACGUUGCACCGACUUGCGAGUGAUUUGCACCAAAGACUUUCAAUUACGCGACGUUCUCGGAGAUCCAGUUUUAAUCAGAUCUUGGAAUAUCUUUGGCUUACCGAACGACGCCUAUUCUAUCGAGAACGGUAUCAUCGUCGAAAGUGCGAGAAGAUGGCCGCUGAUCAUAGAUCCUCAAGGUCAAGCAAAUAGAUGGAUAAGAAACAUGGAAAGAGAGAAUAACGUGAAUAUUAUUCGACUGAAUCAACCCGACUACGGUCGAGUAUUGGAAAAUGCGUUGCAAUUUGGUCAACCGGUACUUUUGGAGCGCGUCGGUGAAGAAAUAGACGCGGUUCUCGAACCAGUUCUGAUGAAAGAAACGUUCAGGCAGGCCGGUGCGCUCUGUAUCAAAUUCGGGGAUGCGAUCGUCGAAUACAAUAGAAAUUUCAGACUCUACAUCACCACGAGAUUGAGGAACCCCCAUUAUCUACCAGAGGUAGCGGUUAAGGUAACCUUAUUAAAUUUCAUGAUAACGCCGAGUGGACUGGAAGACCAACUAUUAGGAAUCGUGGUCGCAAAGGAAAGGCCCGACUUGGAAUCGGAGAAAAAUGCCUUGAUUGUGCAGGGGGCCGCAAACAAAAAACUUCUUCAAGAAACAGAGGACAAAAUCUUGGAGAUAUUGUCGAUUUCCGAGGGCAAUAUAUUGGAGGACGAGGAGGCUAUCCAAAUGUUAACAUCGUCGAAAAAUCUGAGCGACGAUAUUCAAACGAAACAAACAGCGGCCGAACAAACGGAGGCGUCGAUCGACGCUGCCAGAUUACAGUACACACCGAUCGCUGUCUAUUCGACCGUACUUUUCUUUACUAUCGCAAUGCUGGCACACGUCGAUCCGAUGUACCAGUAUUCGUUGCCAUGGUUCGUGAAUUUAUUCGAAUUGGCUAUCGAUAACACGGAGCCGGCGGAAACCGUGGAACAACGGUUAUCGGAUCUCGUCAACUAUUUCACGUAUUCCCUUUACGCAAACGUUUGCAGAUCGCUGUUUGAGAAGGACAAGCUACUGUUUUCGCUCUUAUUAGCGAUCAAUUUGCUCAAACAGCAGGGAAAUAUCUCUCUGUCGCACUGGAUGUUUUUGCUGACAGGUGGAAUCGGUAUCGAUAAUCCAUACGCGAAUCCGACGACCUGGCUACCGGCCAAACAAUGGAACGAAUUGUGUAAUCUCGACAACGUCCAAUCAUUCUCGGGUGUUCGAAAAAGCUUUACGGAAAACACCGACCAAUGGAGAAAACUGUUCGACUCGAAGGAACCGCAGAACGCGACGAUCCCAAAGCCAUUCGAUGCUUUGAAUUUGUUCGAAAGGAUGUUGAUACUGAGGUGCAUUCGUCCGGACAAGAUCGUUCCGGCGGUACAAAAGUUUGUCCAAGCGAAACUCGGUCCGCGAUUCGUCGUACCGCCGCCGUUCGAUUUAUCAUCCUCUUACGCCGAUUCCAAUUCUUGUACCCCGCUGGUAUUCAUCUUGACGCCCGGCACCGAUCCGGGCCAGUUGUUGCUCACGUUUGCGGACGAGCAAGGUUACACCGCUAGUCGUCUGUUUUACCUGUCUCUCGGCCAGGGCCAAGGUCCCGUUGCCGAGGAGACCAUUCAAACGGCUGUAAUAGUCGGUAACUGGGUCGUGUUGCAAAACUGUCAUUUGGCGGUCAGUUGGAUGAGUACCUUGGAAAACAUUUGCGAAGGUUUCAUGCCCGAUACGAUUCAUUCCGAAUUUCGAUUAUGGUUGACGAGCUACCCUUCCGAACACUUUCCCUCCUCGGUCCUCGAAAACAGCAUCAAGAUGACCAACGAACCGCCGAAAGGACUAAGAGCGAACAUCCUUAGAUCGUACACCAGCGAUCCGAUCAGCGAUCCGGAUUUUUUCGAAUCUUGUUCUCAAACCGAGUACUUUAAGAAACUUCUUUAUUCGUUGUGCUUCUUUCACGCGAUCGUACAGGAGAGGCGAAAUUUCGGCCCGAUCGGUUGGAACAUCAGGUACGAAUUCAACGAGACGGACCUUCGGAUCAGCGUCUUGCAAUUACAUCUCUUUCUCGACGAAUACGAACACGUAAGAUUCGACGCUCUCAAGUAUCUCACCGGAGAAUGCAACUAUGGCGGCAGAGUAACGGAUGACUGGGACCGCAGAACUCUCAACACUAUCCUCUCCAAGUUUUAUUGCGAAAAAUUACUCACCGACAAACUCUACUAUUUCGACGACACUUCCAACAUUUAUUAUUGUCCAAACGUUCGAGAACACGAAGCGUUCAUGGAAUACACCAGAGAUUUACCUUUAAUCACCGAGCCAAGCGUCUUCGGUAUGAACGAAAACGCUGAUAUUAUCAAGGACCAGCAGGAAACGAAUCUUUUAUUCGCAUCGAUACUCCUCACGCAGGAAACGACGAAAUCUGCAACCGGCCAAACUUCCAACGACCAAAUAGUCCUAAACAUCGCCAGCGAAAUUUUCAACAUGUUACCAACCGAUUACGAUCUCGUAUUAGCGCUUCGGAAGUAUCCAACGUCCUACGAGCAAAGCAUGAAUACCGUUUUGGUACAAGAAAUGGCUAGAUUCAACAAACUACUUGGCUACAUUAGGAACAGCCUAGAGAACAUUCAACGAGCCAUCAAAGGCCUCAUUGUAAUGUCCUUUGAUCUCGAAGACAUUUACGACGCGAUCUUGAUCAACAAAAUACCAGAGUUGUGGAAACAACACUCUUAUCCGUCUUUAAAACCUCUUGGUAGUUACGUGCACGAUUUGUUGCGUCGCCUCAAUUUCCUUCGAAGUUGGUACGAAGAGGGACCUCCGAUCUUUUAUUGGAUCUCAGGAUUUUACUUUACUCAAGCGUUCCUCACCGGAACCAGACAAAACUACGCGAGGAAAUACCAAAUACCCAUAGAUCUUUUGGUCUUUGACUUUGUUGUAUUGGAAAGUGGAACAGCUGGUGUCUCUGCUCCCGAGGACGGAGUUUAUGUAUACGGAUUGUUUCUAGACGGUGCACGAUUCAACAUGAAACAAAUGUGCCUAGAUGAAAGUAUCCCGAAAGUACUCUACGAAAAUAUGCCUCCUUUAUGGUUGAUUCCUAUGAAACAAGAGGACCUUAAGGAGAGAAUAACUUAUCUUUGUCCAGUGUACAAAACCAGCGAAAGGCGAGGAGUAUUAUCAACCACUGGACAUUCGACCAACUUUGUUAUCGCUAUGACCUUACCCACCGUAAAACCACCGGAACACUGGAUUAUGAGAGGGGUCGCGAUGCUUUGUCAACUAUCCGAAUAGAUACAAUACCUCUCUUGCUUUUCAUCGAUAAACACCCUAUAGAUACGACUUUCAAAUGGAAACGUCUCAUUGCGAAUGCA